UACAAAGAUACCCUCCUCUAACGUUUUCAAAUUUUCUCUUGCGACAUUUUCAAAUAUCGAAUUGUCUAAAACAGUUGUUAUUUUCAAACCGUUCAUUUAAAUAUCGGGAAGAUAUGUGUUCGAUCUUCUUUUGUAUUGCUUUCGUUCAACAUAAAGACGCGAUUAAUUACAUAAAAUAACUCGACGGCGGUAAUUCAAAAUGGAGAUUGUAUACCCUAUUUUGUUGAUACCAAAGGAGUGUGUAAAACUGCACCACAACGCUGCACUGCUUGAUGACAUCAUUUUAGACAUUACCAUCACAUCACCCAACACUAAAGGUGAACCAAUUUGCAUAUACACGGGCUGCUGUCAUAUAAAAUUCACAGAUAAAGAAUACAACACCCCAGAUAAGUCAACACAAGGACUAGAAUUCAUAAAUAUUGAAGAUACAAAAUCAGUUCAAGAUGUAGCCAUACAAUCUACUUAUCCAUCCAAUGUAUGGAUAGAUCCAGCUAGGAGUCCAUACAUUUAUAACAAUUAUACCACAAAUGGUCUCCCACCACAAUUUGUAUACAACCAUCAAGCCAACCAUGUCACCGUUCAGCAACAUAAUACAUACAUAACCCAGAAUGUAUACAGUUAUCCUGAAACUAUACAUUAUGCUUCUUCUGAGGAAUAUGGUUUUGAAACAUUAGUAAACCAAAACAAUACCACAGAUCUGACUCAUUUGUUUGAUGGUGAUGAAUUAGAAGAAUGCGGUCUACUGCUUGAAGAGAUAACAUGUGAGAAAGAGCCUCCAGUUUUAACCGAGUCCAUCGACUUAGGUCUUCAAAGUGAUAAUAAUGCACUAAAGCAGUUAAUGUCAAAUGGUAUACAAAUUCCAUCCAAACCGCAGAAGACUAUAAUAUUUAUGGGCCCUGAGUGUGGUCAGACUAUCCAGAAGAUAGCAGUCAAUGAUCCAUCUUUGAUGUGCAACUCGGAUGAUGUUUCUACAAUUAUUGAUGUUGAAAGCAGUAACAACAAUCAUAAGAAAUAUCAGUGUGAAAAAUGCGAGAAAAUAUUUGAUCAAAUAACAGCAUUUAAGCAACAUAUGGUUGUAUCACAUGAUCGGAAAAGACAUCGGGGAUCAGUAAGCGACGAUAUAAAGGUUUUCAUCUGUGCCCAGUGCGGGAAGAAGUUGAAGUCGCAAGAGAAGUUUGAUCUACACAACCGCGGCCACGGCGACCCUGACCUCGAGUGCGAAAAGUGCAACAAAGUUUUCGCAUCUAAAUUUAGUUUGCGUACUCACCGUAAGAUACACAUGCGAAAAUAUCCAACAAAUAACCAAACAGAUUUGCAAAAACACGAAGAAUGUCACAUUUGGCGGGAAAGUACCGAGAAUUCUGAAUCGUUUUUUCUUGACGAUGGUGUCUCUGAUAUAGAGAAUGAUUCCGAUUCCGGAAAUAUUUACGAAUUACCGAUGGAUGUCGAUGGAAAUGACUCGAUUGAAAUCGAUAUAAAAAACGCAAAUGAUGUUCUUGCUAAAGUGAUGUCUAAUAAGGUUUUUUUACUUAAUGCUAGGAAGGGAAGACAAAAUAAGAGAUUUAAAAAGAGUUGCGAUGUUUGUUCAAAAACCUUCACUCGAAUUGGAGACCUGAAAAGACACCUGAUCGAGCACGUCAUCAAGAGUACCCUUGCGAAGAACCCGGUCAGCAAAGAUGGCACUCUCAACAUACAAUGCGAGGUGUGCCAAAUACAAUCCUUCACUAAGGUAGAUAAAUACAAGGCUCAUUUGCGCGAGCACGCAAAAUUAACUUUGUAUCAAUGCACAUUCUGCAACAAAUCGUUUAGUGAUUCCAGCAAUUUCUCGAAACACAAGAAAAUUCAUGGCUCCGCGUACUACCAAUGUGAUCUAUGUCUGAGGAAGUUUAAUUCUAAAAAGAUGCUUACAAAACACAUGCAGUAUCAUAAGGAGAAUACUCCGUUGCCGUGUCGCUACUGUGACAAAACGUUUCAUUUCGAGUCUAUGUUAAACAAGCAUAUCAAAAGCACACACAACAAGGCCGCAGGGACACGGUUCCGCUGCAAUUUUUGCCAGGCUUAUUACAAAACUUUAAAAGAAAAGUGGGACCACGAAUGGUACAUUCAUAAUGUUAGAAAAGUGAAAAUUGAUUGUGGCAUUUGUAGCCGAAAGUUCAGAAAGUAUGCUGAACUAAAAAGGCACUGUUUAGAUAAUCACGAUUUGGAAAUACCACCUGCCAAGAUGUUUUUACAGCAGCAGCAAGAUGAAAAAUAUAAAAUGUAG